AUGACGGAGAUAGCCCAAUCGGAGGAGAAAAGAGCAGUGGGCGGGCGAAGGGGGAACAAUGGUGAGCGACAGGCGGACAGUGCAGCCUCUGCGAAGACUGCAGGUAGGGGCAUUCUGCGAGGAAGGCAGUGCCGACAUCUCCGAGGCAUGGCAACAGGCGACGAUGCCAGUGCUGGAACCAGCGAGAAAAAAACCUCGGAUGGGACCGUGACGGCAGGGAUCAUCAUUAUUGGGGACGAGAUCCUGAAGGGUUACACCCAGGACAUAAAUUCGUUCUACAUGUGCAAGAAACUCCGCUCAUUGGGUGUUGCAGGUGGCCAAAUCUCUGUGAUCCCUGAUGAAGUAGAUGCCAUUGCCAAGGAGAUUUCAACCUUUGCCAGCACAUACACCUACGUCCUGACUUCAGUGAUUGGUCCAACACAUGAUGAUGUCACCUUCGAGGCGGUGGCCCAGGCCUUGUGGGAGAAGGUCUUCCCUCAUCCAGAUAUGGUUGAACUGGUGAAGCCGUUCUUUGGCAAAUUGGAUGCUGGUCCUGAGAUGAAACUGGCCCGUGUCCCUGAGUCCUCACUCCUUAACUAUGUGGACAAGACAACAGGCAGGGCCUUCCCCUACCCCCUGGUUAGUGUCCGAAACGUUUAUAUCUUUCCGGGCAUCCCGGCUCUAAUGAAACGCCUUGAGGGUCUUGGGCAUCUCUUCCUCAACGAGAAGACUCGAUUUGUUUCGGAGAUCUAUGUGAAUGCAGAGGAACCUCAUUGCUCCUUUUCUCACCCAGGCCAACCUAGCUUUGGGCGUCGCACAAGCCUGGGCUCCUAUCCAGAUUGGGGCAGCAACUAUUUCCGGGUGAAGCUUACCCUGGACUCUGACUCAAAAGUGGACUUGGAGGAAGCCUACUCUUACCUGAUGGAGAAGUUUGCUGACGGUGUCGUGGUGCCUGUAGUAGCUGAUCCUGUCUCCCGGGCAGCCUCGGAUGUGUACGCCUUGGCUGGGUCUGGUUCUCCCCUUGGCCAGAAGGUGUCAGCAGCCAUUUGCACCAUAGAGGAAGCCCUGGAACGAUAUGCCCUGUCCAAGCUUUGCCUGGGAUUCAACGGUGGGAAAGACUGCACAGCUUUGCUGCACCUCUUCCAUGCAGCCGUCCAAAGGCGAUGCCCAGAAAGAAUGGAGACAUUGAAGGCUCUGUAUAUCCAUACUGUGUCUCCAUUUCCUGAGAUGGAGGAAUUCAUCAAAGACACUGCUCAACGGUACAACCUUAAAAUAUGUGAUGUCCAUGGGAACAUAAAACAAGCACUGGGUGAACUGAAAGUACAGCAGCCAGAAUUGGAGGCCGUGCUGAUGGGUACUCGUCGCACUGAUCCAUAUUCCUGCACAUUGUCACCUUUCUGCAUGACAGACUCUGACUGGCCCCAGUAUAUGAGGAUCAAUCCUCUCCUGGAUUGGACAUACCGAGAUAUAUGGACAUUCCUUCGCACCCUCUAUAUUCCUUACUGUAUUCUUUAUGAUAAAGGCUAUACUUCUUUAGGUAGUAUGAGCAACACAAAGAAGAAUCCCGCCCUACUCUAUACAAAUGCCCAAGGACGGGAAUGCUACCGGCCAGCCUAUGAGCUAGAAAAUGAAGAGGAUGAACGCAACUCUCGCCAUUGAAGUCUGCCUGUUUUCAUGGUAGAACUUGGCCUGCUCUGCGACAAAGCCCCCAGCCUAACCUAGUGAAGGUCCGGCCAGGCCUGCUGUGCCUUGGUGCCCCGGUGGUGCCACCACUACUGUGAUGUUGUGUUGUUUGGUAGCUGCUCCAGCCCUGGUGGCACCCUGUGUGAUUCAUUUGACUCCCACUAUGUGCAUAACACAAUGGAACAGCUCUUGGUGGUUCGCUGACUACAGUAUAUUGUCGCUUACAUCAUGUAAGGAUAAUAAAUGAUGGAAAGUCAGCCAAUGAAUUCUAGCCUCUUUGUGGGGUCUGGGGUG